GUGCCGCUGGGCCACUGUGCAGGAGCCGGAGCUCGGGCUUCGCGCGGGCGUGGCCAUGGGCCGAUUGCAGUCGUUCACGCUGACGGGCGCUCGCGCCGGCCUCCCUGGCUACUGGGGCACGGCGCUGACCUCGGCCAAGGAGCUCGCAGAGUUCGCGCCCAGGGAGUGCUGCGUGCACCUCAACGCCAUGACGCGGGAGUCCCUGCACCUGUUCGAGCGCCUGCCCUUCUCGGUGACGACGGAUGACUCGUACUUCCUCGACCCGUGGGUGGAAGCCAUCGACACGGACGGCUUCCUGGACACGCAGGAGGGCGCGAGAAGCACUUGCAGGAAACACAGCAUCAUGUCCGCGAGCCCCUCCACCGCGCAGACGGAAGAGAGAUUGGCUCAGCUGAGGGACAACAAGAUGACUUUGGCAGAGUUUGACGAGUUCCUGGAGUCCAUGGGAGUGGACGUCAGCAAGUUCGGGAGAGGACAGGCGAAGAAGGUGGAGGGCCUUUUCCAGGACGUCACCAGCCACAAGUGCUACCUGACGCUGCACGGCGCCAAGCUCGAGCGGCGCGUGGAGCUCGUCCGUAUCAGCCUCUGCGCGAAGGGGUCCGACGGCGUCGACCGCACGCUGAAGGUCGGCAUGGAGAUCAUGAGCGACGGCCGCGCAAGGACGCGGAACCAGAAGCUCGCGGUCACCAUCGUUCAGGGGCAGACGUGGAAGGAGGCCGUGGUGGAGAUGUUCGUCAGCAGGUUCGGCGUGCCGAGCGAGCGCUUCGACGCGCACUUUCUCUUGGAAGGAACCUGGCCGAAGGAGGAGACGCUCUACUCCCCCUCCAUCCCCGGCAUCAGGACUGUCUACCUGACCACCGAGGUCCGGAUGCGCGUCCGCCAGAUUGCCUCGCCGGAGCUGAAGAAUCUAGGCCUACCCGCCAUGGGGAGCUUCAGCACCAGCCACGGCGGCAAGACGAGCCACUGGAGCUGGAAGGCUCCAGACGAGGCGCUGAGCACCGCGGACAAUCUCACCCAGCUGUUGCAGGAUCACCACAUCAGCGUUGCCGACAUCGGGGACGCCGCGUUCCAGGCCCUCAUCGACGAGCACGAUGGGAAAAUUUGCACGCUGAACGUUUCCAACCAGGGGGAGGCCC